GGACUUGGAUUUGAUUUGUAUGUCAAUCCCAUAUGGCUUCUCCACUGCUCUAUAGCUGAAAUUUCUCACUCGUGAUUUCACACAACACAGAGCUCAGCCGUACCGCAGUGAAAACUAAAAUGGCUUUAAGGGUAGCGACCCUAAAAUGCGCCUUCUCGAGCACGGGGUGUACUUUAGGAACACUCCGGCGAUUGGCGCACGCGAUAGCUCAGCCACCGCCUCUUGUUACCACCAUGAACCGCACGUCAUCGCCGUUGGGUUUCCCCGAAUAUAAAUACAGAAAUGAGAUCGAAGAUGUAUUUCCGAAUUGGUCAUUUAUAGGUGGCUCGAUGGAGCUUAUGGCUGUCCCCAAAAGGAAGGUUUCUCCACACAAGAGAGGCAUUAGGAAUGGACCAAAGGCUUUGAAACCUGUCCCAGUGAUCAUCCGUUGCAAGGUAUGCGGUCGAGUUAAGCUGCCACACUUCUUCUGUUGCAGUGGGAUUAAACCAAACGCGGGUGAACAGAAUGGUUGAACCAAUUUAUUAUUUGUGGAUUAUUGCUGCAUCAUGAUUUACAUAGAAUUAAGUUCUCAUGUGUUAGAAACAUAAAUCUGUACUGUACUGUUUAAAUUUAUAGUUCACCUUAAUGCAUCAACCAUGAUAAUUACCAUCGUUAUAAGCUUUCUUUAGUUUCUCGUUUCUGUUUUCCGACCUUCCAAAAGCUGCUAAAUAGAGCAAAUUGCAUAAAUAAUUUUGGAAAUAGCCACAAGUACAUGAAAUGUUUGAUAGAAUUAUUACCGAAGUUGACUUGGCGAAAUGUGAUUCGCCUGUUUCUUUUUUAUUUUUUUCAUUUUCCAAUGAAUGUAUGACAAAUGUUAUUUGUAAACAUUUUCUGUCAAAA